AUAUACAUAUACACAGUUUCCAUAAAUACAUACAUAGACAUCAAUACAAAUGUACUCAGUGCGUAGCGCCACCAAGGAAAAUGCGCAAGAACUAACACUGCUCAUCCAUGACUCGCAUGUUAAGUGGUUUGGCAACAAGCGCAUCAAAUAUGACGUCAAGGAGUCCUUCAAGGCAUAUCAGACCCAUCGUCUGAUCGCCCUGCGGGACGAUAGCAUCGUGGCCUUCGCGGAGUUUCGCAACUAUCCGGCAAUCGGUCCCUUGCCCAGCGACAAUUGGUUAGACUGGCUACUCCACAGAUAUUGCAUUACAGUGUCUAUCAGCUGGCUGAACACCCUGUUCUUUACAUUUUGCAUCUACCGCGAGGAUGAACCCGAAUCGCUGCUCGCCCUGAUCCGCGAGGUGUUCUAUCGCGAGAAUCGCCUGUUGUACUUGAUAGCCGUUCGCAUGCCCUAUCUGGCCAAGCAUACGCACUACAUUGAGCACUUCGAUGACCUGGCCAAGUAUUGUCAGAUCUUCUAUCCGCGCGAGUUUAGCAUCGAAAGCAAUGCGAAUACCCAAUCCGUUUUCAUUGUGAAACGCUAUGGCCUCCUGCCGGCCAUCACGUAUCGCAAGGCACUCGCCGAGGAUAACGACGAUAUUGUGGAAAUGCAUUCGCGUGAGCUGCCCGAGAUGCGAGCGGCUCUGGGCGAUUUCUACAUAGCCGAGGAGCUAAUGCGCACGGACGAGGAUGCCAAGAAUUCGGUGAUAAUUGUCACGGAGAUACAAAACGAGAAUCACGAAUCGAUGACUGCGGGAUUCAUGUGGCUGAAUGCGAACGUCGACAUACGCUACUACGUGCGGAACUACGAGAUGGAAAUGUUUGGCAAUCUGCUCAGUUUUAAUCCCACCAAGCCAAGUGGCUUCGAGGAAAUAACCGUCAUGUGGACGGAGCGCACUCCGGAGGCCCAGCUAUUCACAGCCGCUGCCAUGCAUGAACUGUGUGAAUCGACCUUUCUCGGAGGCAUCCAGAGCAAUGGCAACAGCACGAGUACGACUAGUCUAGGCAAGAUCAGGAUUAGCUCGAUCGAUGGCAAUAUUCUUGAUGUACCCAAGAAGGCGAGCAUCGACAAGUUCUAUGCACAUGAAUAUCUAUAUCUUAAGUUUAGCUAUAUCUUCGAGAAGUUCGGCACGCUGCACUACUAUAUCAACAAGCACGAUAAGGUUGUUAAUUUGUUUUACAAUGUGGACCCAAAAAAUCGGAAAAAGGACGGCCUACAGCUAUCCUCCAAUGUCUUCGAACUGCGAUUCAUUUGUGUGAGCAACGAUUUCCCCUUGCCGCGUCUCUUCAACUGCCUGAACGCCAUGUACUCGGCGUUUCCAGAUCGCGACUAUUGCAUCAUGGCCAUACCAAAGACCGCCACUGCAUUGCGCAGUCAUGUAGAGGCGCUCAAAUACUUUAUGCCCGUGGCGCAGCGCCCGACUGAAGUGACCAAUUUGCAGGAUAUCUUCAUAACGCAUCGUAGCACUAUCUUUGGAGAGAUUAGCUUAUUUCCAUUGCAAAGCGAAGACAUCGAACUGAUUAUGGAUAUGUUCCGUGAUGUGAGUAAGCCGGCCCAUGAGAGAUUGUUCUCGUCGACCUCGGUCAGUUUCGCGUACAACUCGAAGAUCAAUGCUUUAGCUGACAUUGACAACGAGAUUCUGGUGAUAAAGCAGAUAAUGGCCGAUGUGCUGAGCAAUGAGAACAGCGAGUAUAAUUUCUUCACCAUACGCUGUGGCAAUUCGACCAAAUCGGUCCAUGAGAACACGGCCGUGGGCUAUGUGGUGUUGCGUAAGUAUCUGAAUCGUCACGAGCUGCUGUAUCAUUUUCACUUGCCCAACAACGAUCCCCACUUGGAGAACGAGCGGGCCGAGAUCAUCUCACUGCGUUUGCAUCCACUCUAUCACAAUUGCUGCGAUGUGAUCUUACGCAAUCUGGCGGCCAAGACGAACUACUACGAUUUCUAUUUCAUAUACGCACGUAAUCGAUUUCUUUUUAGCAACGAUCUAAAGUCGAUGAUGAUGCAAAUCGAGCCUAGUCCUAAGAAGAAGAGCUUCUUCAAACGGAGGCAAACCAAGACGGUGGGUCCCACCUUUGAGGGUCUGCCCGAGCUGGAUUACUUCAACGAUCAGCUGGUCGUCUUUCGCCACAAGCUGAGUCCUACGCAAUGGUUCGGCAAGAACACCCGGUUGGUCGUACUUGGUUUCACGCCUGUGGCCAGGGCCUUUUUGCGCCAGCUCGUCUUUCAGUGGAAUACUAAAGAUCACUCCAACUCGGAGUCAUUUACGUGUCUGCCACGCUUACAGGUGACAGUCAUAGCAGCACCUGGCCUGGUCGAAGCUGAAUAUGAUUGCAUGUUCCAGUGUUCGCAUUGCGAGUCGCGCAAGCACUGCUAUAUGCACUGUCAGAACCAUUCGUGUUACGUGCGUGACACGAUCAAGCGCAUGGAUCUGCGGCUGCGCAUACACUUUGUGGCGGGACACAUCGACUACAUCAACAGGGAGCGCAAAUAUGUGAAGAUCAAUCAGACCUGCGACGUGCACUACGAUACGUUGCUGCUCAUGAACUACAAAUUCUUCAGUCUAACUAUCCAAGGCUUGCAUCUUUCCGUGGUGCCAUGCAAUUUCAUUGAGAUCAACAGUCGCCUGGAUAAGUUCCUGCUGUUCUAUAAGCUGCGCGUGUUGAACGAGGACCGGAAGCGUCAGUACAAAAUCAUCGUGUAUGGCACCAACUUGAGUACCUAUGAAGGCAUCGAGUUUCUCAUGUCCCAUGGCGUUGCCCCGGAGCGCAUUGUGCUCGUUCAGCCCAAAGUAAAAAUUGGCACCGAGGAGGAGCAGAAACUGAAUUGCCCCUAUGUUGAUCAGAAUCUGCAAUAUUUACUCGACGAAAUGCUGGAGGAUCUGGGCAUCGUCAUACACAGAGAUCUCACUCUGACCCACUGGGAAACGAAUGAUAUGAAAGACUACAUCAUUGAAGCGAUCUUCACCAGCUUCAAGUUCAAUAAGACAGUUACAUUCGAUUGUGAUCUAUUUAUAUCGUUCAAGGACGGCUACAUGGAUUUUGCGACUCUGCAUUCGCUGAGGAAAUCGAAAAUCACAGUGAAAGAUGGCAUGGUAGUGGUUAAUAAGAACUUUCAGACAAACGAUCCAAAUAUUUACGCUGCUGGCAGGUUUAUCAAGAUGAUUGAUAAUAUCAAUCAUCAGUAUCAGUACACAAACGCGAUGGAGACUGCGAAAAAGCUUAUGCACAUACUGCAUAUAUCCCCAAGCGAUCUGAAUUUCGAAUACAAGUACUCUCAGUGCACGUUCUUUACGGCUUUGCUGCCCCUCGAUUACUACAUCACGAAGCUGACGAUGCCGCGUCGAUAUAUGGCCAGCUUUGUAAGCAUUCCCUGCCAGAAAUGCACUAUGACUACCUAUAAUGAAGAUAGCACCUUCUGUCGCAUUGGACUCAAUCACAAGAUGAUUGUGGAUGAGAUUGUCAUAGUUACGAAACAUCCGAUAGUUCUUGAUUUUCUGGAGCAUUUCUGUGGCAAGCACGAGACGCUGUUGAACAAUUUGAAGGCCCGCUAUGUCGCCGGCUCCAUCAAGUGUUUUCUGCAGUUUCUGCAGGAGCCCUGGACGGAGCUGUUGACCCAUGUGAAUUUCGAAGACUAUCAAGCCGAGAAUCAUAAGAUACUUAUGCCUAUGCUACAAAAUAUGAGUAGGGGCCCCUCAAAUCAAUUGCGAGAGUUUAAUCAACAUAUACUGGAACAAAAUCUCUUAGAUUUCAUAAGAAAGCACCGCCAGGACUUUUGUAACGAAUUCGCUCUACCUGAGGACUACUGCGCUGAGGACACUUCGGGCGGCAAUUGUAAACACGUUGGUCCCGAUUAUAAAUUUUAG